GGUCAUAUCGAUAUCAUCGAGUUCCUAAUAAAAGAAAAAGCCCCUUUGGAGGCAGUCACCCAUGACUUGUGGACACCGCUUCAUGGCGCAUCAUCCAGCGGACAAACUGAGGCAGUGGAGUUGCUGUUGCAGCACGGAGCGAAUCUUUAUCAUCAAAGCCUCGAUGAGAAGACCGCACUGCACCGGGCUUGCCAAGGUGGACACGUCGAAACUGCCCGGGCUCUCUUACAGCGCGCAGGAGCAGAUAUUCACGCCCGAUCGCACAUCGACGAAUGGCAGCCGAUCCACUUCAGCGCUUUGGCAGGGAACGCCGAAUGCGUUGAGUUGUGUCUAAAGUACGGAGCUCAAGUCAACGCCCGGACACAAAGUGGCCAAACACCGCUCCAUCAUGCU